AUGCCGACCUACUAUGCGCGCGGCGUCAAGGCCACUCUGGCGACCUGUGACCUGCACCCUACGCUGACGAAUGAUGUGAAGUUAACGAUGGGCGCAGCAUGCCGCCAAGAGAACGAGAGAGUCCAGAAGAUCUUUUCCGACGCGAAGGAGAACGCGAAGUUGGACGAGCUUCCGGUCGGCGAGGAUGGGAGUGCGCAGGGCAUUGUGCAGUUCACUGGCGUGAACGAGGACAUGCCGAUGUAUGUCGUUGAAGCAGGUAAGAAUGUUCGACAGACGUGGGUGGAUGGCAACGGCAGCGGCGGCAGCGGCGGUGGUACGGUGGACGGCAUGGUGGAUGGCAGCGGCAGCGGCACGGUGGAUAGCAUGGUGGAUGGCAGCGGUGGCAAUGGCAUGAUGGACUGGGUGGCGGAAGAGACUAACCAGCAGAAUCCCUUCUUCGGCAUGAGCGACGACUCCACGCUGACCUCGCUCGGAGAGAUGCCUGAGCCUUAUGGCUUGGGCAUGCUGGAUGAUUACGGUUAUCCCACCGCCUACCAAGCUUCACCAUACGAUUUGGCUCAGCCCGACGAUGAGCAGACGCUUGUCGACACGCUCACUUCACCAACCAACAACGCGGCCGAGCGAGGCUUGAUUCUGGACAUUGACCUGUCGUACGACUCUUUCCUCCCCGCACUGGUCGCUGGCAGGAGGGCUGGGACUACCGAAUGCAAGGACCUGAAGGUCGAAGUCUUCCUCAACGGCGAGCUCGUAGAGGUCAGAUACCUACCAGGCCGCAAUGCGAAGACCGCGAAGCUCCAAGAGAGUGUUCGCUGCACAGGCACUAGAGUGCACCGGCAACUUGAGAAACCAUGGGUGUACAAGGACGGUCUGGCCUCUGCUGCACCUGCGUACGAGGCGACGACACGUUGGGACGCCAUCUCAAGAGCACUUGCCAAUGAGGCUGAGUUCCGGGGUCGCGAUAGCCUUGGUUACAUGCCACCCUCCGCCGAAUUCUUGGAUGCUUUGGCUGCGGUUCAGCUGCCGCCAAGAUGCCAGUCACAUCACGGAUUCGCGAUCAUCGACGUCGUCGUCACAGCAGGACGUGGCAGCAAGUAUGGUGCAGACACAGCGUACAUCCUGGUUCCAACCAGACUUGACGACUUCGACUACAACACGGUCUGUAUGAACACGGCUCCUGGACGGGGCUCGGCCUUGCCAGAACACUGCCUCGGCAGCAUGACAGAUCAGACAUUCGAAGAAUAUCUCCAGCAGAGCUCUCCAGAGGUCCCACUCCGUCAAGCGCGCAUGGCGCAGAUGUUCUCCCCAUCACCGCCGAAGAAGACCACGAACGAGCUCGCGAAAGAACUCGGGCUGGAUGAAUCUCCCGACAAGGUCCUUUUCGAUGGCUACGAGAAGACGAGUGGACGUGUCGGCCACGGCGGUCGGACGCUCAAGCAGAUCCUAGGCGCUGUCGGAAAGAUGAGCCCAGCUAAUCAAGCUAGACAAAUGGCGAAGCUGAAGGCCGAUCUAGGCACCAAGGGCACUUCGCCAGGCACCACUGAUGACGGAGAGCGCAAGAAGAAGAAGAAGACGAAGCUUGAUCACAACAUCGACCCGCAGCUCUCGUCGCCAUCCGCAGCCCAACCACAAGCACUCGUCAUCAGUGCUGACCCGUUCGUUGACAACGACGCCACGAUUGCGAUGGAAAACAAGACCAUCCGUCCGGUGGAGUUGUUCAGGGAGUGGCCACAGCAGUUCCAAGCUCCUCCCGCACCCAUGUACACGCAGCACGCUGAGGCCCUCGCGGCCAACCCAGAUGCCGUUCUCGCACAGACCCGCAUCGACAUGGCUUUGGACGCUGGGGCUGCCUCGGACGGAGCUCUGAUGCGUCGCAUCGCCGCCUCUUCGCCUUCCAAGACCCCUCAGCGCAACGUCACCGCUUCUGCGCUUUCGCACUCUCCAACCGGUACGCCAGUUAAGCCGCAAUCGCGCUCCAAGCCGUCGAAGACACCAAGCACCAACAGGACGCCCAAGAAAGCCACCUCAGCUUUCAAAGCCUCCCUGGCGCCCAAGACGCCCACGCCGAAGCGCAGCCGCGGCCUCCUCGACCGCCCAGACUCCCCCUUCUCCACCAAUCGCAAGGCUGCUCGCACCACGACACCGGGCUCCGGACGCUCUGUUUGUGGCGCUAACAGGACGGCCAGCAAGUGGAAGCCCAGCGAGGAAGAGUGGACGGACACGGUGCAGAAGUUCAAGGCGCCGGAGAUGCAUGAGGCGAGUUGUGUGACGUAUGCGGAGGACAAGGAGGCGCAGAGGCAGAUUGGGAAGGCAAGGGCGGGGACGUUCAAGGAGGAGAGUGUGUUGGUUGGGAUGAGGUUCAUUCUCGUGUAA